AACACCUCCAAUCAAGUAACUAAGAACUCGAUCACCAACUUGUAUUACACAUUCUUGUCUAAGUGGUCACACUGCACUUGUUCAUUCAUACACUUCUCCCACAACGUGGGCGCCCUUCACUCUACACCACCUACUAAUACCGACAACCUCUUGAUCAUUCUUAGACACUGCCUAGGUUUGCAUGCGAGAAGUGGCCAACUUGUUCCAUCAGUUUUCUUGAUUCUUCAUCAUCAGUAAAGUCCUAUAUAAACCUCAUCACUACAAGGAGGUUAAUUAGAGUAAACUAAAACUAGCUAGGUUCAUCAUGGAUUCUUCCUACCGAUGUCGUUUUGUCGUGCUUUUCGCUGUCCAUCUAUGCUUUCUUGCUCUUUCAGCUCAAUGCAGGCCUUUUGAGUACUCAAAACUAUCGAGAUACCUUGUAGUUUCUCAAAUUUCAGCGUCGCCCUCUCCUGCACCGGAGGCUGCUGCUGCUUCUCACCCGCCUUCGCCUCAAGUUUCCGUUUUCAGUGUGGUGUCAUAUGGUGCUGUGGGAGACGGCGUUGCUGACGACACACCAGCGUUUAAAGCGGCCUGGGAUGCUGCCUGCCAGGCCGAUGAUCCUGCCGUGUUGCUUGUUCCUAGGCACUAUACUUUCAUGAUUCAGUCUACUAUUUUCACCGGCCCGUGUACUAGCAGACUAGCUUUUCAGAUAGAAGGAAGUAUAGUGCCGCCCGAUGGACCGGAUUCGUGGCCGAAAAACUACAGCAAGAGACAGUGGCUGGUAUUCUAUAGGAUCAAUGGAAUGUCAAUGCAAGGAGGUGGAGUAAUAGAUGGAAGAGGAGAAAAGUGGUGGGAUCUUCCUUGCAAACCUCACAGGGGCAUAAAUGGAACAACCCCACCUGGUCCUUGUGACAGCCCAGUUGCAAUAAGGUUCUUUUGGAGCUCCAAUGUGACAGUCCAAGGGCUUAAAAUCAAGAACAGCCCACAAUUCCAUUUCCGGUUCGACAGCUGCCACGACGUCCACAUCGACUCGUUGUACAUAAAAUCGCCUGCUGGAAGUCCGAACACGGAUGGAAUUCACGUAGAAAACAGCAACGACGUGAGGAUAUAUAACUCAGUCAUUUCUAAUGGGGAUGACUGUGUGUCCAUUGGAGCUGGUACUUAUAAUGUGGAUAUAAGGAACAUAACUUGUGGUCCUAGUCAUGGAAUAAGCAUUGGGAGCCUAGGUAUCAAGAACUCGAGGGCAUGCGUUUCAAACAUAACGGUGACGGACUCCGUCAUCAAGCAUUCAGACAACGGUGUGAGGAUCAAGACAUGGCAGGGUGGGUUCGGGUCCGUGUCAAAAGUCACCUUCAAGAAUAUCAUCGUGGACACGGUACGGAAUCCUAUCAUCAUUGACCAGUACUACUGCAGCAACAAGGCCUGCCCGAACCAAACCUCAGCGGUAUACGUGACCGACAUCUCCUACACAAACAUCAAAGGCACAUAUGAUGUAAGAAGCCCGGCAAUGCAUUUGGCCUGCAGUGACACAGUGCCUUGCACUAAUCUCACCCUCUAUGAUGUGGAGCUGUUUCCUGCCCAAGGCCAGAAAAUCUUGGACCCCUUCUGCUGGAAUGCCUAUGGGGACAUCAAGACACUCACUGUUCCACCUGUGUUCUGCCUGAUGGAGGGCUUCCCCCUGUCGUUGCCCGACAACGAUGUCGAUAAAUGUUGAAAACGUUCGGACAAUGAUGAUCCAUCGUCUGUCCAAAUCGAGCACACUUGAUCAGAAUAUGUAGCUAUAGUUGUAUUAAUUAGUACUACCAAGUGAUGGAACAUGUAGUUGUAACUGAGCAAUAUUGGUUAAGGAACAAUGUUGCUUCACUAUUAAAAUGGAAGUUGUGUUUGUCUUAGGGAGAAUUUGUUGUUGGGUUGAUAACAUGUAGUUGUAACUGAGCAAUAGGCCAGGUUCGGUGACUAGAUUGAACCAAUAAAAAAAUAGCUGAUAGGUCUUGGACCCGCUUGGGACCUGGCCAAUCCCAAAAAUCAAUUCUUAGGACCAGCCUGGCCCAGAAAUUUGGUCUUGAACUGGGCUUGAGUUUAAAAAUAGAUCUAAUUGGAGCCCAUUUAAAAAUUCAGGACCGCCCCAAGACUGCUAUAAAUAGUAGUGGGCCGGGCUUUUUUAGGCUGGUCAUUAUCAAUCCUGGGCCAACUAACCCACUGUGUACUUCGAAUCACAGGCAACAAACGUCUCAUAGUCGUGGUUACUAACUAUUUACUACGACUAUUUAUUUUUUAGC